UGGAGUGCCUUUGUGUCAGCCAGCUUGUUAAUGUUUGCCUGCUAGCUAGCGGUUGUUUUACUUUUAUUUCGUUUUAAUCUGCUAUUUAUGUCUUUAACUACCUAGUUUGCAAGCUAUAUAUGUUCAGAUAUCAACUGAAAAGUAUAGUCAGUUAGCUAGCUAGCUAGCCAGCGUGUUAGCUUCCAGUCAGUAGCAGUUAGCAGUAAAGAGGUAGCUCGCUACCUAUCCACACAGUCAUUAAAACAGCUAGCUAGCUAGUGGUGUUCAUAUGCUUUGUUCUUGAGGAAUAUGGUGCUAUCUAGAGAGAAGAGACGAAGAAGAACCCUGUCAGAUUAUUGUAUCCGAAACGAUAUUUUGUAAUCCGCUGACAGACUGAAGACCGAAGUGGAAGAACAGUGAAACGUUACCCGCUAACAGUGGCUAGCUAGCUAGCAUUUCCUGCUAUUUGGUGCAUUCGGUCUCUGAGGCUGGCUGACCGGCUAGCUAGCUAAUAUUAACAUCAGCAGGCAGCGUUCGCUGCAGCACAGAAGUCGAUUCUAUUGAUCUGCACAACAUGAAAAUCAAGGAUGCUAAAAAACGUUCCUUCCCUUGGUUCGGGAUGGAUAUUGGCGGGACCCUGGUCAAGCUGGUGUACUUCGAGCCGGUGGACGUCACGGCGGAGGAGGAGCAGGAGGAGGUCGAGUGCCUCAAGAGUAUCCGCAAGUACCUGACCUCCAACGUGGCCUACGGCUCGACAGGCAUCCGCGACACCCACCUGGAGCUGAAGGACCUGACCCUGCUGGGCCGCCGCGGCAACCUGCACUUUAUCCGCUUCCCCACGCACGACAUGGCCACCUUCAUCCAGAUGGGCCACGACAAGAACUUCUCCACCCUGCACACCGUGCUCUGCGCCACCGGGGGCGGGGCGUACAAGUUCGAGGAGGACUUCCGCACGAUCGGAAACUUGCAGCUGCACAAACUGGACGAGCUGGACUGCCUGGUGAAGGGGCUAAUGUACAUGAACUCCCCCAGCUUCAACAGCCAGGCGGAGUGCUACUAUUUUGAGAACGCGCUGGACCCGGAGCGGUGCUGCAAGACGCGUUACGACCUCCAGGACCCGUACCCUCUGCUGGUGGUCAACAUCGGCUCGGGGGUCAGCAUCCUGGCCGUCUACUCCAAGGACCACUACAAGCGCGUGGCGGGCACCAGCCUCGGGGGCGGGACCUUCCUCGGCCUGUGCAGCCUGCUGACCGGCUGCGACAGCUUCGACGAGGCGCUGGAGCUGGCCUCCAAGGGGGACAGCGCCCACGCGGACAAGCUGGUGCAGGACAUCUACGGAGGGGACUACGACCGCUUCGACCUUCCUGGGUGGGCAGUGGCAUCCAGCUUUGGGAACAUGAUCCACAAGGAGAAGAGAGAAGCGGUGAGCAGGGAGGACCUGGCACGGGCCACGCUGGUCACCGUCACCAACAACAUCGGCUGGAUCGCCAAGAUGAGCGCUGUGAACGAGAACAUUAACCGGGUGGUGUUUGUGGGGAAUUUCCUGCGUGUGAACACACUGUCCAUGAAGCUGCUGGCCUAUGCCCUGGAGUACUGGUCACACGGCCAAAUGAAGGCACUUUUCCUUGAGCAUGAGGGUUAUUUCGGCGCGGUGGGCGCCCUUCUCGAACUGCUGAACUACACCUAGCGCCGCUUCCUGCCCCGGCGGGAUGCCGUCAUCGGGGCGCAGCGCGUGGCCAGAGGACUGCAGUGCACAAAACGCUCGCACGGUCAGCGAACGGUUCCGAAGGACACGGGUUCUCCACUGGAAAGGUUGUCUGUUUACCCGGUAUAGAGAAAAGAAUCCCUGGGGUUAGGGUUUUUUUUUUUUUUGGUUCGUUUUCUUUUUUUGUUUUGUUUUUAUUUAUAACGGCAUCCGCAUCUUGAGUACCAUUCCUGUUACGCGUUCCUGACUGUAGAGAGCCGCUCGUUGUGAGUAGCAUCUGUUAAGGCAGGGCCCACAGGGAAACGAAGGGUUUGGUCCAAGCCCCACCUAAAUGAAUGAUUCUGAGUAUGUGUAAAAGAAUUCAGGCCUUUUAAUAGGCUGAAAUCAGUGUGUGUGGUGUGAGUGUGUAUUGCCUAUCAGAACAUAAUGUCUUAAUUACUGACAGAAAUGUGCCGUGUACUGUAUUCAACAGCUCUGUACCCCAUAGACAUUACAGUCUCACUGUUUAAGGCACAGGAUGAAAGUGCCACAGAUGCAUUGCAUUUCACUUUGCUGAAAGGAAUUAUGUAUUACACCUGUAUUUUUGGAUAUGUAGAACUUAAUCAAUUUAUCCCCCGUCUCCACGACACAUUACUUCCAGUUGUCAAAAACAAUCCUUGUGAAAAAGAGAGCAAUGGAAGGGUUUUUAUGUUGUGUUCAAAGGUACCAUGGCCCUGCAUGUUAUCAGCAUCAGAAAGAGGUAAAUGUUAAUAUAAAAGUCUAAUAUAGGAAAGGGUGAAGAUGCAGGGGUGCUACGAGCCACUCAUUAGAAUGAGAGAAAUAACAUUGCUGCUGUUUGUGAAGUGUUUAAAUUACGGGAUAGCAGUUAGUUAGAAUGACUCUUCACAUUUACUCGACCAGUUCUGUAAGUGUGACUGAGCAUUCUGCCUUUUUUAACAAUCCUUUUAUUUUGUAAAUAUAUAUAUAUUUUUCAUGUUAAGAAAAAAAAAAAAACAAAGCAUUAAAUUUGUGUAUUUUCCUGAGAACAAAGUAUAUUGAAUUAUACUGGUCAUACGACUAUGAUAUGAAUCUGAAAGUUGCAUGUGGUCUCAGUAAUGCACAGAAAU